AUGGGCAAUCUAGGUGACUUGUCGCCGCAGGGUAGCAUUGCGGUCGGUGUGGUAGUCGGGCUCAUAUCCACUAGCCUACAAGCCAUUGGGCUGACGCUCCAGCGCAAGUCGCAUCUGCUCGAGGACGAGAAGCACCCCUACGAUGUGCGCAGACCACCCUACAAGCGGCGACGAUGGCAACUAGGAAUGGGGAUGUUCGUCAUCUCCAACCUAGUGGGGAGCACCAUUCAGAUCACUACGCUUCCGCUGCCAGUGCUGUCGACACUCCAAGCGUCUGGAUUAGUGUUUAAUACGAUAUUCGCGACACUCAUUCUCAGUGAACCAUUUACCCGAUAUUCCCUUGCGGGCACGAUUCUCGUCUGCACCGGCGCGUUGCUGAUUGCGACGUUCGGCGCCAUCGGAGAACCAGCACAUACGUUAGACCAGCUUCUGGACCUUCUUCAGCGACGGCCGUUCCUCCUGUGGAUGGGGGCUACCGCUUUGCUGGUUGUUGCGGUACUUAUGGCCACUAAGCUGGUAAAGCACUUCCUGCUAUCCUCGCGCGCGAAACCCUCAGCGUCCGGUCAUUUCGCGCCACAUCUCCUACGUCUGCAAAGUCGGAUGAGGACAAUCCGAGGCAUGAGCUAUGGAUUUGUCAGUGGUAUAUUGUCAGCUCACUCGCUUUUGCUAGCGAAGUCAGCAGUGGAGCUUCUCGUGCGCACGGUCGUAGAUCGCGUGAACCAGUUCAAUCGUUGGCAAUCAUGGGUGAUUUUGCUUGGGAUGAUCUUCCUGGCGCUCACGCAGCUGUUCUAUCUCCACCGGGGACUGAAGCUGUGUAGUACUAGUGUUUUAUAUCCUUUCGUUUUCUGCAUCUACAACAUCAUAGCCAUCCUGGAUGGUCUGAUCUACUUCCGGCAAGCGUCCCAACUAGCAGGCUUCCACGCAGGUCUCAUUGCUCUGGGGACACUGGUGCUCCUAGCCGGUGUCUUGUGUCUAUCAUGGCGACUCGAGGAUAUCGACAGCCAUGCCGCUGUUACGACUGGGGGGCCCCACACAAACCGCACUCGGUCCGGGCAUGGCAGGCUGCUGGACGGCCAAGAUGAGGAAUCGCGGAUUGGUGAGCGCGAACCGCUCCUCAAUCCAAAGGCCCACACCCGACAUCUUUCAUAUCAUCGCGGAAGAGCUCCAAGCUUACCGCUAGACCUGCAUCUCGACCGCGACUCCGUCGAUCUAAACGCCGCAUCCAUUUGGGCCGAACUCGACGACUCAGAGUACGGCUCUGAUGACGACCACACGCGGUUCUCAAUCGACCGUCCGCGCAGCGCCAGCGGCAGCGCAAUACGAAACGGCGGCCAAUUACGAGGUCUGAAACGACACUCGACGAUAGCUGCUGUCCCACAAGACCGCAUAAACGGCUCUCGCCGAGUCCUGGGAUCAACACGCGAAAACCAACUGCGGCACGCCUCAGCACCCCUAAAUGGGUUAUGGACCACCCAGCGCAAUCGUCGUAGACCCGGACCUUUCAUUUCUUCUUCAUCUAGCCACGAAACCAGCGGAUACGGAACCAUCCGCGAAGACGGCGAUGAUAUAUACGAACAGGAUGGGCUUCUCGUUCCCCGCUCGCCGGUGACGGAACCAAGCUCAGGUCUUCUUGCCGGUUCAAGGAGAGCUCUUGCAGGCAUCUGGAGGUCCGGAAAACAAUAUCUAUCUCGGUGGAGCAGCCCGCAGGCGGGCGGGCAGCAGCCAGGCUGA